AUGCAAAGAGACCGCCGCCUCGCCAUUGUCUCGCGCGCGCAGCCGAGUUUAUUAUAAGCGCGCGGCGCGAGCACAGCACAGCGGAUCUCGAGCUCGCAGGCGCGCAGACCUGAGUGACGGACGGACGGGUGCAGCGCACGGGACCAAGAGCCGGUGACUGUUUGUGUGGAUGUGCCGCGCGCAACCAGCAGGAGGAGGUGCAGGAGGAGACCCCACGCAGGAGAUAGAGCGCGCGCGCAACAAGGUCCCGGCACAGAGGCGCGAGCCACAUAAGAGUCGCGCGGAGUCUCGAGAAGCAACAUCCGCGCGCAGACGCAGCGAUCAUGGAUUACCCGUACCUGAACACCUACGACUCGUGCAUGGCCGCCAUGGAGGCCUCGGCCUACGCGGACUUUAGCUCGUGCAGUCAGGCCAACACCUUCCAGUACAACCCGAUCCGGAGCAGCUUCGGUGCCGCCCCGGGCUGCGCGACCCUCGGCACGGCCAGCUGCGCGCUCGGGGCGCUGAGGGAGCACCAGCCCGCGCCCUACAGCGCAGUGCCCUACAAGUUCUUUUCGGAUCCCUCCGGACUCAAUGAGAAACGGAAGCAGCGGCGGAUCCGGACCACAUUCACCAGCUCGCAGCUGAAGGAGCUCGAGCGCGUAUUCGCUGAAACCCACUAUCCGGAUAUCUACACCCGCGAGGAGCUCGCGCUAAAGAUUGAUCUGACAGAGGCGCGAGUGCAGGUGUGGUUCCAGAACAGGCGUGCCAAGUUCCGUAAGCAGGAGCGUGCCGCCAACUCCAAAGGUGGAAACUCUGGCAGUGGUGGGAACACCAAGAAGACAGGUGAAGCUCGCUCUUCUUCAGAAGACGACGAGUCCAAAGAGUCCACCUGUAGCCCAACACCGGACAGCACGGCCUCCCUGCCCAGCUCGGGCAACAUGGGCAGUCCAGGGGCAGGAAGCCUCAGCCCCAGCCCGGUUUCGGUGUCCUCGGCCGGCUUCGCCAGCACUUCCACCUCACCGUCCGUCCACCAGGGGUUGAAGUCUCCCAGCUGGCCCGGGACAGGAGGCCUAACCUCGAGUGGCCCUCAGGGGUCUGAGCUGCUGAAGACGUGGCAGCCUGCGGACAGUAUGGCUGCCGGCCCCUUUGCAGGGGUGCUCUCGUCCUUCCACAGAAAGCCAGGCGCUCUGAAGACCAACCUGUUUUAGACGUUGGCUUCUCUUCUCUAAACGUGUGGUUCCUCUUACUGUUUCUUGCUGCCUUGCUCUCUCUUUAUUUUCACUUAGAGCUGGACUCCCUUCUAAUUUAUUGUCAUACUGGACUGGCGCUUACACUGACUGUUUGUGUAUGUAUGAAUGUGUGUGUGUGUGUGUUCCCAUUUCGUAGUUGUAAAGCUUCCAUCUAUCCAUCCAUCUCCCAAAGUCGUUGCAUACAUCCUUGGACCUGCUUUCCCUUCUAUUACUCCAUUAGACACAAUUGCAUCAGCAUCUGCAGAAAAGUGCUAAAGAAAAUACAGAUUUUUUGGUCUAAUUUUACUUCUUUUUUUUUAAUUCUCAAGUCACAUAGGCUAUUGGAUAUUGGCAUCAGCCAAGAAUUUCAAAUUCCCAUAUUGGUGCAUAACUAGUGUCUCAUAAGGCUGCACACCUAAAAUACACAGUUUUGUACAUUAUAUUUUUCCAGUAACUCACUCAUAAGUCCCACUAAUUUCUUAACAUCUACAAUGAGACAGUAACUUUUUCAGAGUUAAAUGCAGAACUAAUACCCACAGUGUUGAGUAAACUCCUGCAUUCGAACUGACUGAUGAAUACCUCAAGCUUUAAACAAACAUCUAGAGUGUUAAAUUAAAUUGAACAAACGCUUACAGAAUGGAAUGACUGCAUCUAGUCUUGAACAUCUACAGUGCUGGCCUAACAAAGCACUAUGUAAAGAACAUCUAAAGCACUGAAUUAACACAUUUAGUCUUAAAAAAUGCAUCUGCAAACAGUUCUUUUAAACCCUGCUGCUACCGGAGAGCUACCUUUCAAUUUCUACAAAGCUGAAUUAUCUCAUAUUCUUCAACAUCUACAUUAAUGAAUUCACAUGUAAAUUACUAAAUUAACACCUAAAACAAUGUAGGACUAUUGAAUGACCAAUUAUUGUCUUGAUCUCAUUCCUACUACAUCUACAGUGUUAACACAACUAGAAAGAACACCCACAGCGCUGAAUUAACACUUCUAGAUUAGGAUAAACAUCUAUAGCACUGACUGUGAGGUCAAUUAAUAAGUACUGUUUUUCGUUCUAACAACAAUAGAGUUAAGUGGAGGUCAGCUGUACUCAAGUGACCUGAACACUUUAACAGUUAAUUCAACAGCGGAACGGUGUGGUGCAGUUCAUUAAAAAAAAGAUUAUAAGCAGCUUUACAGUAUGGCCUCAGCUUCUUGUUGUCACUCAAGACUCAUUUAUAAAAUGACUGGGAUAAAACAUAAAAUAAACAAAGUUACACAUUUCUACUUAAUUAAAGAACAAUUGUAUUAAUAUAGAAAUUCAUAUAUAAAUAUCAAUUCAUGAUAUUUACUACCACUUCUCCUUCUUUCCAAAACGAGAUCCCCUUUUCAGCUAUCAGUGUUUAUCUACAUACAUCCCACAGUUUUAGGCCAAAAAGUGCAGAAUUUCUAAAAGGACAGUUUGCAGAAAGGAUUGGCGAUUGUUAACAGCAAGCACAACUUCCCUUUUUCACACAAAGCCUUCCUGGGAAAGAAAGAAACAAAGAAAGACAGAAAGACUGGAAUCCAAUUAGCACAGCAAGCAGGGAAGUUAAGGUUGGCACUGAAGGAGCAGCAAAGCAAAAAUACUUUAGCAUCGUGGUUAAUUGUAAACAGACGAUAUUAGCAUGCUGCUGUUUAGCAUAAUGCUAAUAGGCGGUCAAUCAAUUUCAUUUGACAUUAGAAUCACUAACAUUUCAUUUCAUUGGACUGAACUGCUGUGAAAAUCCCAACUAAUGCUACUUUCCACUUUACCACGUUUUACCGUAUCUUCAGUAAAUUGUUUCGUUUGGAAAAUCUAAAGUUUUAAUGACCUUUCUGAGGCUGUAAAUUACCUGUUUUCCCUUUUUUAGUUCCUUUCCUCAUGUGUAACCCCUCCAUGAAUGCGUGAAUGUGUAAGCAGAGUAAAACCAUUAGCAUUAAUUUAUUUAAAGGAAAAAAAGGGAGAAAGUUUUUGUUUUCUGUUUUUCAGUCAGGCUGAAAUAUUGGAACAUGAAACUAUUUUGUAUAUAGUAAUAUAAAUACUGCGUAGUUUCUGACUUUUAUUAUGGUAACGUGGCGCUAAGGUGUACUUAAUUGAAAUAAAUUGCGGCCGUUAAGUCUGAGCUUACGACGUUAGGAUGUGUUUUCUUUUUUCGGUCGUAGGCCUAACAUUCAUUAAUGGCACUGUGUAAUACUGUACAAAAUAAACUACAUUUAAAGCGCU